AAACCACACAGAAAUAUGAAUUCACUAAUUGCCGACAGCUUGCCUAAGCGUUUGUUCCUGCUCGCGUGCAUCCUUGCCUCUGUCUCGUGUGCGUGGCGCCCAUGCACCGAUCUGGAUGCUUUGCUAAAGAUACCGUGCCGAUGCAACAUUGAAACCGCUGGCAACAACAGCCAGUACGUGUUCGUGAACGUAAACUGCGAUCGAACGACGCUAACGGCCCCGUUUCCGAGUGGCAUUCCGAUCAUCUCGUUUUCCCAGCGCAACAGCGGUCACCAGACGCUGCCGGACCUAUCGAUCGUAAAUGCUCCCGUGCGGAAGCUUGAUUUCUCCAACAAUGCACUCCGCUCGUUCGGCACCAAAACGCUCUUCACAAGUGUGGCCGAAUAUCUGACCGAGCUUCGCUUGGCAAAUAAUCUGCUCGGCGACAGCCUGAACCCGAUAUUCUCCACCGAUGUCCUGCAAGCGCUUCAAGCACUCAAGGUGCUCGAUCUGUCGGGUAACCGUAUCAUCGCACUCGAGGAAAGCAUCUUCGAUGGCAAUCGUCGGUUAGUGGAGCUGUACCUUGAUCAGAACAAAAUCACCACAAUUCCGGUGGCUGCCCUGAAGGAAUUGCCCAGUUUGAAGCUGCUUUCGUUGCGCAGCAACCGCAUUGACAUGCUGGAACCGGAUGCGUUCAACUUCUCGAACAAGCUGGAACGGUUGGACCUACGCAACAACCGUAUUCGGAGCCUAAAAUCGAAGGUUUUCGCCAACCUAGGCAGCAUGAAGGAAGUCCUGCUAGCGGGCAACCAGCUUGGACACGUCGACGAACGUGCCCUGGCCGGUAUGGAUGUGCUACAAAAGCUCGAUCUAUCCGACAAUCUGUUGAGCGAGUUCCCAUCUGAGGCGCUUGGGUCCGUGGUGGCGCUGAAGGUCCUCAACAUUUCGCUCAAUAACAUCGCCAAGCUGGAAUCGAACCAUCUGGCGCAGAUGCGAAGCCUUCAGAUCCUGGACAUCAGUCGUAACUCGAUCGCCACCAUCCUACCGGGUACCUUCCGAGAGCAGUUGUUGCUGAAGUACCUCGAUUUAAGCCUCAACUCGCUGCGAACGAUUGAAGACGACGCAUUCGAGGGGUUAGACAACCUGCAGACGCUUAUUCUGCGCGACAACAACAUCCUAUUUAUCCCAGGCAGUGCUCUCGGACGUCUCCCGAAGCUGUCGAACCUGUACCUUGAUUUCAACCGAGUUGCAGCCCUAUCAUCCAGCAUCCUGAAGUCGAUCCAGCCGGAAAACAUCCGCUACCUUUCGUUGUCACGAAAUGUCAUCCGCGAGUUGCCGGGUGAUAGCUUCGCGGCGUUCCGCAAGCUCAUCUAUCUCGACAUCUCAGGCAACAGCCUGGGUGUAAUCGGUGAGGACACGUUUAAAGGACUUGAGAGCACCUUGCUGGAGAUCAAGCUGUCGUACAAUCGGAUCGCGUCACUGCGCAAGAUCGCCCUGCCAAAGUUGCGACGGUUAGACCUGAGCUCGAACAGCAUCGAUGAUCUGGCGAUCGAUUCGUUCCAUGGUCUUCCAAACCUACUCUACCUGAACGUCAGUGGUAACGAACACAUCGGGCAGGUGACGCGUACCAUGAUCUAUCCGCUCGCCAAACUGCAGGUAAUCGACGUCAGCCAUUGUGGGUUGCGAAUGCUGCAGGCCGACCUGUUCCACAACAACACGGAUCUGCGGAUCGCGCUGCUCAACCACAACCAGCUGAAGGUGAUCGAGGAGGGUACGUUCCUUAAUCUGAAUAACCUUUUCGACCUAUCGCUCGCAUCCAACGGGCUGGAACAGUUGCGUCCUCGUUCGUUUGUCAACACGGUUAACCUGCGUUCGCUUAACCUGCGUCAGAACGCGCUGCAGGAACUGCGAGCUGACAUGUUCACUACGGAGACGGCUUUGGAGGUGUUGGAUGUAUCGGACAACGCGCUGAAAGGUUUCACCUCUAACACGCUCAAAAUUCACCCACGUUUGCGGAAGAUCCUGCUCGCCAACAACCGGCUGGAGGUGUUCCCACCCGAGUUGAUUGCCGGACUUGAUCUGCUCGAAGUGCUCGACUUAUCUGGCAAUCGGAUCUCCACCGUACAGCAGCUCGAUUUCGGACGGUUAGCAAACCUGCGCGAGUUAUAUCUGCGCGAAAACGUGAUCGAUUCCGUACAGGACAUGGCGUUUCACAACUCCUCGCAGCUGCAGGUCCUCGAUUUGGCCUCCAAUCGACUCGAGCGACUUUCCGAGCGUUCGUUCGAAGGCACACUGCGGCUCGAAAUGCUCGAUUUGAGUGACAACCGGCUGGUUUCGUUGCCGGAGCAGCUCCUGGCGAAGAGCCGUGUCCAACGGCUCGAGCGGAUAUCACUCGCCGGCAACAAACUGGCCGGUGUACCGGUGGCAGCAUUCGGUGAUCAACACGACACGCUUCAAACGCUAGAUCUCAGCCGGAACGUCAUCCGGGAGGUCCCACGGGCAGGCCACAUGCUCAUGAUCAACACGAAACACGUAGACUUUUCGUACAACCCACUCACACCGGAAGCGAUCGCGACCCUUCUCGGACAACCGAAGACAGCCCGCACACUUAACCUCGCUGGAACGGGCGUACGGGAGUUACCGGUCCUGGAGACACCAUAUCUGCGUGCCCUGAACCUAUCCCACAACUCCAUUGCUGCUGUUAGUCCGAAAGCUUUCGAGAAGGUGACGUUGCUGGAACGGUUGGACCUUUCGCAUAAUGCGAUUGUGGAUGCGGACGGACUCCGGGAUAUCUGGCCAAAGCUCGGUCUGCUUGGGUAUCUCGACCUCUCGGCGAAUCCAAUCCGCUCGAUCACGGCACACACGUUCGAACGGUUGGAUGGAUUGACGGAACUACACAUCCGCGAGUUGCCCGAACUGGCACGGUUAGAGAAAAACGCCUUCAAACCCCUCAAGGACCUAGCCGUGCUGGAGGCGUACCAGUACGCCAAACUGGGUUAUCUAGACGUGCAAGGAAUCGUCCAAGAACUCCCAGCACUGGCCGCCAUCGAUAUCGAGGCGAAGGAUGCGAACCUCGAGUCGGAUCAGCUGCAAGUCCUACAUCAUCCGAAGCUACACACACUCGGUUUGCACGGGUACGCCUUGCAGAGCCUUUCAUCCGGCGCUUUCGCCGGUCUGCGUAAUCGUUUCCUCACCGUUCGAUUACACAACACCUCCCUGACGGCAUUGCCACCGGGUUUGCUACUUCCGCUUCCCCGAUCCGCACACAUCGACUUCAGCAUCGAAGGAUCACGUGUCAGUACACUCACGCAACCGUUCCUGAGCUCACUGGAUGAUCGCAAAAACAGCAUCCAGAUCGAAGGACUCGCAAGCAACCCGGUACGGUGCGAUUGUCAGGCUCGUGCCUUCCGUCGCUGGAUCCUGGCCGCUAAGGUACCCGAUCAGGUGCGCUGUGCUAGUCCACCUCCCGUCGCUGGACGGCUUCUUACGGAGGUCGGAGAUAUCGAGUUGGUGUGUGAAAGCCGGAACAAACCAGCUGCCCAACCGACGCAACCAGCUCAACCGGUUUCAAGCACGGGCACGCGACCAACACCAACAAUUAGCUUCUACAACUACACUUCCGAGGUGCAAAUGACCAAAUCAGCGGCCACAACCGAGCAUGACAUCAUCUGGAGCAUGCCACCUGUCUCACCGGUGUCCUCCUCCACAACGACACGCACCAAGGGUUCCAAAUCGAAGGUGGCCGGAUCGUCGGGUGCGAUGCCACCGUUGAAAAAGAUGCCCUCCGCCAACGAUGACACACUCAUCAUCGGUAUCGUCGGGGGUGUUGUUGUGUUCAUCUUCCUGCUAAUCAUCUGCAUCUGCAUCUGCCGGUUGAAGAUGAACAACGACAGCUAUCAGCAUCAUCAGCAUCACCAUCAUCACCGGGGUGGACCACCGAUGCCGAUGGGUAUGCCGGGUACGUUGCAGGUGAAUUAUACUGGCAAGAAGGGCCAACCAGCGGCCAUGUACCCAACGUUGGCACCACCGUACGCGCAAAGUUACGCCACACUGCCGUAUAAACCGAACGGUUCACCAACGCAACCCAGGCCCAGUUAUUCAACGAUCGGACGGAUACCGUACCAGUACCAAAACCACUCGCUUCUGUCCAGCCAGGCCGCUCUUCAUCACCAGCAGCAACAGCAGCAACAAUCGUCAGGUCCUGGCACGCUUACGCACUCCUCCCACAAUCCGUACAUCGUGUACCAGGAUGAUAAGGUGUACCGAUGAGACGACGAACGAAAGGCUGGUUAAUUUUAUUUUAAACCAGCAACACCGUCCUCUUGUCGUCUGACUUUCAAUCGUGCAAAAAUGUAUUAAAAUGUGUACGAACCACGUCGGUGGAAUAGUGUGUAUGAGUGUGCAUGUAUGUAUGACGAGAAUGCGUUUCUUUAGCAUAAUCUCUACGACCAUUCACAGGUUUAGAUUAGAACAAAAAAGGCACCCAUUCGCAGCGUUCGCAGGAACGACGAGGGUGAUCUUCAUAACGUUUCAUUAUGGAACGGAUCCAUCUCUAGCACAUACGAUCCAAAGUGAUCUGCUUUCUCUCUGUCUUUUUCUACUCCUAUUUCACUCGCACACGCACACACGUACAUUCCAUUUCACAUCCUUAGCACAUCCUUGCCUUCUUUCGUCCACCGAUGGGUGAUCGUUACAUCUAUGCUAGGGGACCGUAAAAUGCUCAGCCUUAAUUUAAUACCGAAGCGUAUGUAAGAAGCGAUUUAGUUAAGGAUAACGUUACACCUCUCUCUAUCUCUCUUUCUGGUGCUAUCAACCUGGGUAGAAGCUUCGCAAGCAUUGCGAACGCCCGGUUGGUGAUCAGCUCACCAGGCGGCGUCCCGUUAAAACUUGCCCGUCCGUGGCAGGGAAUACAGUAUGAAGAAUGUGCUUUGUAAGUAAACCAUAAUUCUAU